CGAGGCGUGCGCUGGUGCGCAGGCGCAGUGGCCUGACGACAGACCUUGUGUUUCCAAAAUGGCGGCAGCGAUGGAUGUGGAUACCCCGAGCGGCACCAACAGCGGCGCGGGCAAGAAGCGCUUUGAAGUGAAAAAGUGGAAUGCAGUAGCCCUCUGGGCCUGGGAUAUUGUGGUUGAUAACUGUGCCAUCUGCAGGAACCACAUUAUGGAUCUUUGCAUAGAGUGUCAAGCUAACCAGGCGUCUGCUACUUCUGAAGAGUGCACUGUUGCAUGGGGAGUCUGUAACCAUGCUUUUCACUUCCACUGCAUCUCUCGCUGGCUCAAAACACGGCAGGUGUGUCCGUUGGACAACAGAGAGUGGGAAUUCCAAAAGUAUGGGCACUAGAAAGAGAAUUCUUCCAUCGAGCUCAACUGUUCUGUUAUUCAUUUAAUGACUUGCCCUUCUGUUACUUAAUUAUAAAUUAGAUAGAACUGUGUCUUUUCUGCUUUGUCUUUUCAGUUUGCUGUUCCUGCAGCCAUAUUGUAUUCUGUGUCAAAUAAAAUCCAGUUGGAUUCUAGAACAGAUGCUGUCUCUUGUGUAUGUGAAAAAGUGAACGUAAAUAAAGGGUCCCCUCUUCCUAGGUUAGAAGGCUUCCUUUCAAAAGUGAGAUGUUUCUUCAUUAGAGCAGAGUUGUCCUGUGAGCACAUCGCUUGGUCACAAGGAAUCCUGGUCCACAGCCUGAUCAUGGAUGGCAGUCUUGGGCAAGUCGACUCUCUGCUCCGCCCUUUCCCCUAUAGAAUGGCUCCUAAGAACUAAAUGGCAUCAUAUGUGCACAGAAAGAAGCUUUGGAAACUGUAAAACCACUGUACGAAUGUUAACCUUGACCAUGUAUGUGACCUGUUGCUCUCUCUUCUUAGUUUAGAAAAAUAAACGUGAAAAAAUCUAAUAUGUAAUUUUGUCUGGCAAAAGAAGAAUUUAUGAACUCAAGUUGAAAAUUGAUGUCACUUAAAAUGGAAUUAAAAAGAAUUCAAGUUGCCUCAACCACCACCAUCUUUUGCAGUUUGUUUAAAAUGUCUUGGCCAUGGGGGUGCCUGGCUGGCUUGGUCGGUAGAGCAUGCGACUCUUGAUCUUGGGGUCACGAGUUCAAGCCUCAUGUUGGGUAUAGAGAUUACUUUAAAAAAAAAAAGUCUUGGUCAUGGAAGGAAUUGCCAGUUCUAAAACUAACCCAGUGGUAAUGCAGUCUUUAACUGAGAAACAGUCUAGUUUACUGUAUUGGUUCUCAAACUAUGGUCUGAGGACUCCUGGGGGCUCCUGGAACCCUUUCAGGAGGUUCAUGAAGUUCCUGUUCCACUACAUGGCGGCAUGAGGCCAGCUUUUCCUUAUAUCCUCCAGUCAAAGCAACGCACUGAAUGAAGAAGCAGGCGGGAGGAUCCAGCUGUCUUCUAUUAGAUACAAAAGAGAUUUGCAAAAAUGUAAAACAGUGCCACUCUCUGAUUUUUUUGUUUUGAAAAAUAGUGGCUUUUAAUAAAAAUAUUUGU